UUUUUUUUUAAUGUAUACACAAGUUUCAAGACUGUUUAAGCUAACUUUAGAUACAUUAUUUCCUUCCUCCUCCUAUACGUUGACUAUUUUAGUUUUUCCUUUGAUUCCAGUUUUUGAUCCAUCCAAGAUUCCUUUAUUGCAUAAUUCUAAUCGCUCAUAGAUUUUGCAGUUGAUCGAUCAUAAAAAGCUUAUUACAGGAUCUUUCUAGAUUUCAAGAAAACUCCAUUACUUGCAGUUGUUGUGUCUUUUUAUCAGCUCAUUGGAUUCUUGGUUGAUUUUUAAGUUUCAGAAUAUGGCUUCUACUGGUGAAACUAUAUGUAACAAUGGCCAAAGCGCAGUUUCAGUAACAAGGAGGAGGAGUUACCAAGUUGUAAUAGCGGCGACAAGAGACAUGGGUCUUGGUAUGGACAUGAAACUUCCUUGGGAUCUACCUUCAGAGUAUCAGUUUUUCCAAGAUGUUACAACUAGGACAUCCGAUCCCACGAAGAGGAACGCGACUAUAAUGGGAAGAAAAUCAUGGGAAUCUACUCCUCUAGAGAUUCGUCCUCUUCCUGGUCGGCUCAAUAUUGUCUUGACAAAGUCUAGCUGCCACAACAUUGCCAUUGAUGAGAAUGUACUGGUGUCUAGUAGCAUGGAAUCGGCUCUUGAACUUCUAGCCACUGAGCCCUAUUCCUUGUCCAUUGAGAAGGUCUUUGUCAUAGGAGGCGGCGAGUUGUUAAGGAAUUAUAUGAAUGCAUCCAUCUGUGAUGCUAUCCACCUAACCGAAAUCGAUAUAAGCGUGCCAUGUGACGCAUUUGCACCGAGAGUGGAUACUUCUCUGUACCGUCCGUGGUACUCAUCAUUUCCAGUUGUGGAAAAUGGAAUUCGGUAUAGUUUCAACACUUAUGUCCGAAGAAAAGAUGCCAUUGUUGGCUCCGGUGAAAAGAAAAGUGUUGCUGAGUCAGAUUUGAAGGAGUACUCGUUUUUGCCUAAGAUGGUUUUCGAGAGGCAUGAGGAGUUUGGUUACUUGAAUCUUGUUCAAAACAUUAUAUCUAGUGGAGACAUGAAUGACAAUAGUACUCUUUCUAAAUUUGGCUGUCAGAUGCGGUUCAAUCUGCGCAAGACUUUCCCGCUUCUCACGACCAAGAAAAUAUUCUGGCUUGGUGUUGUAGAGGAAAUACUACAACUUAUCAGUGGUUCAAACAAUCCCAAGGAAAACGGUAGUCAUAUAUGGGACACCGAUGAGGCAAAAGAAUAUCUUGACAGUUUCGGAGUGAAUGCCACCGAAGAAGAUGGAGACAACCCAUUCUUGCAUGGACUUCACUGGAAACAUUGUGAUGCUAGUCAAGAAUUCAGUCAGCUCUCUGAUGUUAUAAACAAAAUAAAGAACAAUCCUCAUGAUCAAAGGAUCAUGCUUGCCGCUUGUAAUCCAUUAGAUUUCAAGUUGUCGGUAUCUCCUUGUCAUACGUUCACACAGUUCUAUGUGGCAAAUGGUGAAGUUUCUUGUCAAAUAUACCAAAGCUCAACCGAAGCGAGUAUCGGGAUUCCUUUCAGUAUCGCUACAUACUCUCUUUUGACAUGCAUCAUCGCUCAUGUUUGCGAUCUUGGAGCUGGUGAUUUCAUCCAUGUGAUUGGACAAGCCUAUAUUAACAAAGCUCACGUCAAGGCUAUACAAAAACAGCUUCAAAUCUCCCCUAAACCCUUCCCGAUUUUGAAAAUCAACCCUGAGAAAAAGAAGAUGGACAACUUUGAGGCCUCUGAUUUGGAACUCAUGAGGAUAUAACUUGCUUCACAAAGAC